AUGGUUUCGUCCACUUCCGCUUCCGUCAGCUCUGCUUCUGUGUCAUCAAGCGCUGUCUCCUCAAGCUCUUCUUCGGUCUCUGUCACAUCCUCCGUGUCGACGUCGUCUUCCGCGUCAUCUACUUCUGCCUCCGCCUCUUCUUCCGCCUCUGCAAGUGCUACUGGACCCAACCCCGCUUUCCAAACCAACGUCACCUUCAACGGACAGACAUACAUCAACAAAGGCUUAGUCGGAUUCGGCGCCAUCUCAGGAGACGCACUCGACUCUGCUGGUGACAGUAUAGGUGGUAUCGGUUCUGCCAUCGCAUUAGAAUGGUCACAACGAAACGGUGAUUCUUAUGAAGGUGUCAUGAUGGUUCAACCUGAUCGUGGACAUAACACAGUUGGAACUAUCGAUUAUAUAGGUCGACAUCAUUUCAUUUAUUUCACUUUAAACCCAUAUUAUUCAAGUACAAAAUUAGAUUAUCAAUCGGCUAAAUCUACAUUCCAACUAUCAUAUCAAUCCUCUGUAUUUUACAAAGAAUCCGAUGGAAAUCCUACUACCGGACUUGACGCUUUGGGUGUUCGUAAUUCGACAAUCCCUCUUCCAAUCGCAAGUUCUACUUACGAUCAUAUUUCCGUUGACAACGAAGGUCUCAUCAUAAAUUCGGAUGGUACGACUUGGGUUUCUGAUGAAUAUGGUCCUUACAUCUAUAAAUAUUCUUCAGAUGGUCAUAUUUUAACAACCAUCGAACCUCCCAGAGCCGUUGUACCAUAUUUAAACGGUCAAAUUUACUUUGGAGCAGGUGAUGAAGAUCCUACUCCUGAUACUGGACGUAAACCAAAUCAAGGAUUUGAAGGUAUAACAGCAUCACCAGAUGGUUCAACACUUUACGUUUUAUUACAAUCUGGUUGUAUGCAAGAUGUCGAUCUUAACGGAGAAGGAAGAUUUACAAGAAUGUUCAUUUACGAUGUCACUUCUUCGGUUCCUAUUUUACUUCACGCAUACGUUUUAGAAUUACCAGUGACCAAUGGGAAAGCAAAAGCUUUAGCUCAAUCGGAGAUUCAUUAUUUAUCACCAACUACUUUUAUGGUUUUAUCAAGAGAUGGUAAAGGUAAUGGUGAUACUGAUAACGAUUCGAAACAUAAAGAUUUCUUGUUAUAUUCAACAGAUGGAGCGACGGAUAUAGUCGAUAUGGAUUACACAACAGGUGUUAAACCUGUUUCUCCAAAUGGGAUUUUAGAUGAUGGUUUGGUAGCUAUGCAACCUACGGAAUUUAUAGAUUUACUUGAUGAUACUCAAUUAAACCGAUUUGGUUUAUGUAACAAUUGUGAUUUCUCUGUAAAUCUUAUAAAUUCAAAAUGGGAAUCUAUCGCUCUCGCCUCGGUAGAAGACCCAGAUUAUCCAAACGAUUACUUCCUCUUCUCUUGGUCAGACAACGAUUUCAUGUCUUUAAACGGACAUGACGUCACUGGAGAUUUCUCUGAUCCUUAUUGCGUAGAACAUGGUUAUUCUCUAGAUAACCAAGCUCUCGUUUGGCGUGUUACUCUUCCUUAG